UGGCAACGAGUUUAUUGGCACAUUUGUAGUGGCUAGUUUGCGUGCCGUAGCAUAUACACACCCUCCUGCUACUUCCUAAUUGUAGCACGUUUUUCUUUGUACACACAAUCAGGCGUAGUUGGUGUCGUUUUCUAGAUGCUUGAUCAUGAAUACUGAGGCGAUAUUGGUAGAUGUAGUCGCUUGCGUGUUUGUUGUGUGAGAGAGAGAGAAUCUCUGAUAAACUGACCAGCAGCUCUCAGUCCCACAGGAGGCACAUUCCUCUUAUAAACACACACUGGCCCUUUUUCUCCUGCACAUUGUUCCCUUCUGCAGUCAUGGAGUUUGAGUUUGACGUGCACAAGAUUUUUCUGGAGCCAAUUACAAAACUGGACAACAAUCUUAUUCCUCCUCGACGACCUCUUAUCUCAAGCUCAGAGGCGCAGAAACAGAUUAUGACUGUAAUAGAUGAGAUUGGGAAGGCGUCUGCAAAGGCCCAGAGGCUACCUGCUUCUAUAACCAGUGCCUCCCGAAUGCAAGCAAACAAGCAUCACCUGUAUAUAUUGAAGGACUGCACACCAAAAACGGCAGGCAGAGGAGCUGUGAUUGGUUUUCUGAAGGUUGGAUACAAGAAACUCUUUAUUCUAGACCAGAAAGGGUCCCAUAUAGAAGCAGAACCACUGUGUAUCUUAGACUUCUACAUCCAUGAAUCACUUCAACGUCAUGGAUUUGGAAAAGAAUUGUUUAGCUUUAUGCUCAGGAAUGAACAAGUUGAUGUCCAGCAUCUUGCCAUUGACCGUCCAUCCGAAAAGUUUCUCUCCUUCCUAAGGAAGCAUUUCAACCUUUGGUCCACAAUCCCACAGGUUAAUAACUUUGUGGUGUUUGAAGGUUUCUUCAGAGAUCGGAAAGCUUCUGUGAAAAAAACACCAGCCAAACGCACAGAGGGAGAAAUCAAACCAUAUUCUCUGACCGAUAGAGACUUUCUUAAACAAGAGGAAGGGCUUCCCUGGCCUUUAAGCCAAGCCCAGAUAAACCUUAAUCGGGCAAGUAGUCUUGGUUCUUCUCCCACUCGGGCAUGCUCACGCCCACCACCAGGAGAGGAGGAUUUUGUGAAAUCCCUCCGGAAUUGUCGCCCUCAUUCCCUGCAAAGAGCAGCCAGUAGCGAACAAGAAGAUCACUCUCAAAGGAGGCGGACAAGUGAAAUGAAUCUCUCACGUGGUCUCCUGGCUCAGAAAAAUGGUUAUAGCCGGUAUUUGUCCCCACCACCUCCUCUCCUGACUCAGGGGCCAUAUGCAGCAGCUCAAAUUAAAGAACAACAAAGCAGAACAGACAGUAGUGCCCAAGAAGGGAGAUCCCAGGACAGGCCUAAUGGUACAAACAGUCAACAUCAAAAUGAUCUUAUUUCAUCUAAACAACAUGUUCAGGAUUUACAUAUGGAACUGGCAGCAGGAAGAACAAUGAGUGACCUGAAAGAAGGACAGAAUGCCACUAAAUCCCCAUGGUGCGACCACCCAUCCUACACAGUGUUGGGAACAGUGUUAAAUGCAGCUUGGGUUAAGAAGAAACAGGAGCUGCGAAGUACACGGCCAUGGUGAAUAGGAUGGUGUGGAAAGCUAUGGAAUGUAAAGGCAAGACAGGAAUUUAGCUGACAAGCACAAAGACACUUUAUUAAAUGCACAGACAUAUCUAUGUCAAAUAAAUAUUUUUUUAACAAAC